GAAACGCUAUGUAUCGAUAAAUUUGAUAUCGUCGGCAUGCGGCAAUCGAAUUGUAAUUAUUGUUGUUGCAUCGAACGGUGAAAAUAAAAUACUCAAAACAAUGAUUGAAAUAACUUGCAACGAUCGUCUGGGCAAAAAGGUGCGCGUCAAGUGCAAUCCCGACGACACCAUUGGCGACCUCAAGAAACUGAUUGCGGCUCAGACAGGAACAAAGCACGAGAAGAUUGUUCUGAAAAAGUGGUACACAAUCUACAAGGAUCCCAUUCGUCUAUCUGACUAUGAGAUUCACGAUGGCAUGAAUCUGGAGCUGUACUACCAAUAAUUUACUGGGACUAAACACCAGAUGAUGAAAUAUGAAACAUCUUUUUUACUCUCUGCUAUAAAAACAUUAUGUGUAGAUAUAAACAAUUAUAAAGUUUUUUAUUAACAAA